GGCAGCUCACAUAACACUGCGUGACUUCCUCGAGCAGUCGGGCCCUGCCUCCUUGGUCGGGCCUGGCCACCCGGCUGCUCUACGUGGCCUCACAGAGACGGUGUGCCGAGGCCGGGUGACAAACUCUCUCGAGGAAGUCGCUCCACAAAUGAACUGUGAAAGUUUUGUUUACCUAGUCGCUAUAUUGUUACCCAUAUAAAUAACUCUCCUAUAUUGUAUCCUCCUUCCCUGUCCUUUUUAUUCUUCCCCCUCAUCCAUUGCUGACAGUGGUUCAGGUGUGAGCAGACUGCGCUACAUUUAGUGCGUUCAGCAGCAAUCUUUUUCUUCCUGUCCUUUUCCUUUAUUUAUCUAUUUAGUCGUUGGGCACAAUGCCGCUUACCCGACGCCUACGUUCGCUCCGUUCUUGGCGCCCGUGUGAUUCUAAGCAGCGAACGGCAUCUGGCGAGGAGGAUACGAAAUCAUACGAGACUACCGUCGCGACUUCAGGACCGAAUGCGAAACGUCGGCGAAACUGCCGGGGAUCGUAUCAAGGCUCUCUGCUGUAUCGCCUCUCCUCGACAUCCGUGUGCGUGCCAGUAAUGUGUCACCGUGUGCGAAGACGCGAAAGUUGCUUUGUCGUUAGUCAGCUUCGAGAGCCUUUCUGGAGACAUUUGGCACCAACAGUGAUCUCGUCUUCGCCCUGAAAUCGCCUGGACAUCGACGGCCAGUUUGGAUCAGAGUGUCGUGGGAAAGACACAGCGCUAGAGCGGUGGUCCUCUGCACGCUUGCAACACCAUGGAACAACUUGCCAAGUACGGAGACACCUGGGACCUUCUCCUCGCCGAAGACCACAUCGUACUGAAGCUCGCAGAAUCGUGGCCACCGGACGUACCGCUCCCGGAAGGGUGCAAGCUCGAGAACAGCGGUUCCUCGCUGGUCACGAACCAGGAGUCGCUGGUGGCGGCGAAGCAAGUGCUGCAGCUCAGGGUGAGAGUAUCGUGCGCCCUCUUCGCUGGGUGCGCGUCGUUCGAGUCCUCCAAACCUUUCUGCGCCGCUGCGGGCGAGCUGCUUAGAGACGCCGAAGAGUUGUGCAUUGCGCACAACAAGGACAAAGUGUACAAGCUCAUCCGCACGUUCCCAAACGUCAGGGUGCUCGCCCUGCCGCACGACCUCUGCAGACACAUCCUCGAAGAGGACGAGCCGACCACGGACUGCUCAUCGCCUCUGGUCGAGCGCAGCAAGCUGACGCAGCUGCUGGGCAACGUGGAGAGUCUGGGCAGUGCAGGCCUCAUUCUCUCCAAGGAGACCGUAAUGGCAGUCAUGCGAACUUGUCCUCGAGUGCAACGUAUCGACUCCGACUCGGUGCUGGAAGUUUUUUUGCAGCUGAACGGCUCGCCUAUGCGAGGGGCAUAUUCUACCUCGAGGAAUUUCACGCACCUCGUGCUGUACGCUGCCGUCGUGGGCAACGGCCAACAGAUGGCCACAGCUGGACCGGAUGACGUCGCUCUCGCUGCGAGAACGUUUCCGCUCGUCGAAAACGUGGAGGUUCUCGUGAGAUCGUUAGGAGCCCUGGACGAGAUGUCGGCGUUCCGUCACGUGCAGAGCGUCGCCGUGGCACUCGCUCCUCCCGUUGCCUACGCCAGCGCGCACUCGGAACUGCAGCGGCUCCUGCAAAACUGGCCGCGCCUCGAGAAACUCUCCCUGGAGUUUUGCGGCGGCGUGCGCCUGUUUGCGAUUGCCCGGUCGUGUCCGCGAGUCAGAAGCCUGCGCUUCGCCUUCUGCCGGUGGCACCGAGCGGACUCCCCGGUGGACGCCGACGCGUUCCCCGAGCUCGAGAGCGUCGAGUGGGGCAUGCGCGUGUCCGAGGCCGCCUUCGAGGCGCUAUUCUCGGCCACGUGCGGCAGGCUCCGCACGCUGCAGGUGUACGACGACGAGAGCUGCUGCCGGUUCCUGCACUUCUGCGCCCGCGAAGGCCCGCGCACGCGUUUCCCGCGUCUCGAAGAACUGCUCCUGGCCACGAACUUGCCCGUGCGCGCGAUGGGGCUGGAGCCGGAGUUGCUUCACCGAGUGGUCGGGGCGCUGCCCGCGCUUCGGCACCUGGCGACCGACAGCUACGACCUGAGGCUGUUCUUCGAGAACUACUGCGUUCCGCGCGACCGGGUGUCCUUGUCCUGGGCGGCGUGCGUGCUCUGCGCCGUCCACGGCAAGGAGAUCCCAAGCCGUGCACAAGCGGCUGCUUUAGCGGCGAACGCAGUGGCCAUCAACGACCAAACGUGUCUGCUUGUGUAGUCAGAACGUACGAAAAAGACGGGAAGACCACAGUGACCUUUCGAUUCCUUGAACUAAAUAACUGAGAACAUAAGUUCUCUGAAAUCUCCUCUUUGCAGCUGAUGGUGACCAAGGGUGGCCGGUCGGUGGCAAACAGUCCUUAUGAACUGAAAACUUUGUGCUCCGAUGCUGUUUAUUUGCCAACGUUCCGCAAAUAAACAAUGUAUUAGUUUUCCA